AUGGACAUCAAGUUUUGCAAGACCAACCUUCUCAUUGAGCACAAGGAGUUGGAUGGGAGGUUCCAAUUCAAGUUCACACAUCCAUUGGUUGGACCCUCCAAGUUUCUCCUGCCUAACCCAGAGCUCACCACAGUAGUAAGGGGUGAGAACAUUGACUUCAGACCCCCUGUGUACACAUUAGUUGGGCAUGAGGAUGAUUUGCGAGAAGAGGAGCCUGAGCUCGAUCGAGCUGAGUCUCGAGCUGAAGAUCAGGUCCAGGAAAGUGCGGAUUUGGGUGAGCCUGAGUGCUAUUACUUUGAGGAGUAUGAGGCUCCAAGGAUGAACCCCUCUGUUGUGGCUGCCCACAAGAGGAUUGGACUUCUCCAAAAGUUCAACAAAUGGCAAGGGAAGGCCAUUGAAAAGAUGCAAAAGUCCAUGGACAAGAUGGUGAGCAAGAUCAAAAGUUUGGAGAAGAAGGUUUCUGGUUCUUCAAGCAAGAAGAAGAAGGCCCCAUGA